GGGGCAGUAGACGACACAGCUUCCUGUGCAGUGACGAGCUGUUGUCAAAUAGAGGAAGACGUGACUAUUAUAUUUACAAAACCUGGGCGAAGGACGAAGAAGGUGAGGAACUUUCAUCUCAGUCUGAGGAUAGAAAACAAGAUUUUCCAACAUGCAGGCUGCAGGUGACUUUUUAAACAUGUUCAACAUUGAGGUCAGCAGAAUAUCUGUGACACUCAGCCUCUUCCUCAUUUUCCUCGGUCUCCUUUACUGGUAUUCAGUCCGUCCCUUCUCAGUCCUCUCACGAUAUGGCAUCAAACAUCCAAAGCCAGUGCCUUUCUUUGGCAACUUAUUUAUGUUUCAGCAGGGUUUUUUCAAACCUAUGAGUUAUGUAAUAAAAACACAUGGUAGAGUUUGUGGGUAUUAUUUGGGGCGCAGACCAGUUGUGAUAAUAGCAGAUCCUGAUAUGCUCAGACAGUUGAUGGUCAAGGACUUCAGUAGCUUCCCUAAUAGAAUGGCUUUUCGUUUUGCCACCAAGCCCAUGACUGACUGUCUACUCAUGCUGAGGAAUGAACAAUGGAAGCGAGUACGGAGCAUCUUGACCCCAUCCUUCAGCUCUGCCAAACUGAAAGAAAUGGUUCCUUUCAUCAACAUAGCCAUCGAUGCCCUGAUGAAGAAUUUAAACGGCCACGCUGAGUCAGCACAGGCCUUUGACAUCCACAAGUGCUUUGGCUACUUUACCAUGGAUGUUAUUGCCAGUGUGGCAUUUGCAACUCAGGUGGACUCGCAGAACAACCCAGACGACCCGUUUGUCCACCACGCUCAGAUGUUCUUCAAUUUUUCCUUCUUCAGGCCCAUUUUGUUAUUUUUCAUGGCUUUUCCUUUUCUUGCCGCUCCCAUGGCAAAACUUCUCCCCAAUGAAAGACGAGAUAAGAUGAAUAAUUUCUUCAUUAACAGCAUUCAGAAGAUCAUCAAACAGCGAGAGGAGCAGCCUCCUGAGGAGAGGCGUAGAGACUUCCUUCAGCUGAUGUUAGAUGCUCAAACCACCAAAGAGAUUGUGUCGUUGGACCACUUUGACACAUCAAAUGACCCCGAGGAGAUCGAACACAGGAACCAGGAGACCCAGCCUUCGGGCUCGGUUCAGGAAAAUGACCCUCCUCAUUCACAGGAGCAGUCUGUCAGGCGUCCACAGAAAAAGAUGAUGACUGAGGAUGAGAUUGUUGGUCAGGCUUUCGUCUUCCUCCUGGCAGGCUAUGAAACCAGUAGCAACACUCUGGCGUUCACCUGCUACCUCUUGGCCCUCCACCCUGAAUGUCAACUCAGAGUACAGAAAGAGGUGGAUGACUUCUACACUAGACAUGAAUCACCUGAUUACACAAAUGUCCAGGAGCUGAAGUAUUUGGACAUGGUUGUAUGUGAAGCAUUACGCCUCUACCCUCCUGGAUUCAGGUUUGCACGAGAAGUUGACCAUGACUGUGUAGUGAAUGGCCAGUUCCUUCCUAAAGGAAUAACAGUGGAGAUCCCUGCAGGCUUCCUCCAUUAUGACCCGGAACAUUGGCCAGAGCCUGAGGAGUUCAUCCCAGAGAGGUUUACACCAGAGGCCAAGGCCAGUCGACACCCAUUCGUAUACCUGCCGUUUGGGGCCGGCCCUCGUAACUGUGUGGGAAUGAGGCUCGCCCAGCUUGAAAUCAAAAUGGCUUUAGUGCGCCUGUUCCAAAGCUUCAGCAUUGUGGCCUGCUCUGAGACCAAGGUUCCUCUUGAGUUGAAGUCGUCAAGCACUCUUGGACCUAAGAAUGGCAUUUAUGUGAAAAUCACAAGAAGGGACCAAAGAGAUGGUCCAUUCAUUUCUCCAUCAGAUGAUUAGACACCAACCUGAGGCUCAGGGUCUUCGUGUAUCAUGCCUUUCCUUUGAUUUACAGCAAAAUAUUUCCAUAGGUACUGACAUUCUACAUACCUCAAUCAUUCAGCCCACACAGUGAUCUGAAAAGUUGAUGAUAAUGAUAAUAUUGCCGCUGUAAUGAUAAACACAGUGGCACAAAAGUGCUGUUGAUCCAAGUGCUCUUUACCAGCCUCUCUCUUUUGGAUACAGUUUAGGUCUUUUUGAACUCCCUGCUGAUGGGUGCACCAUGCGGGUUAUUCAUUUGUGAGUGUGCUACAACACAACUCUGAAUGGCACUUCUCACAGUCACACUUUGCCACUUUAAGUGAGUCGAAUUUACAAAAUAAUGACAUAUUUUUGGCAAAAAAGUCGUGUUUUUUGUUACUGAUACACUGAAAUCUUUGAUGGAGCAUGAAGUGGUCGUAACUCUAUGCCUCCAAAGCUGCUAUUUGAGGGUGAAGUAAAUGGUUUUAUAAUAGGAAAGAAAAUCUUUGUUGUUUUGUUCCUGAUGACCCUUGUCCCUGUUACAUGUCUCAGGAUAUGAAACACUCACUGCACUUUUUCUCUGUGGGAAAAAACAUUAGAAUCCUUUCAUUACCUGUGUUGAUGAACUCAUUCAUUAUUAUUAUUUUCAUUGCACCUUAUUGGAACAUCAGUUUCCUAUACUCAUAUCCAAUCUGUCAAUUUAGAUUUUUGGCCAUUACUUGAGAAACUGCAGUGCUGAAAUGUUAUUAGGCCUCAAUAUAAAUGAUCUAAAAGUGUUUUAUUGAUGAUUCAUUCAAAUCUUUCUAGGAAACAAAACAAUCUGUUUAAUUGAUUUACAUAUGAAAUGGGUGAAAUGCAGCUUGUUGUUGAUGCAAAUAUAUAAACAAAGUGCUAACGUUA